UGCCUCGACCCCUUCCUCUGCUGCCACGUCUGCUCGCUCCUGAAACAUUGCCUCCUCUGCCACUCCCUCUGCGUGUUGUCUGACAUACUCUUUAAUUCAAUUGUGGUUGUGAAGCAGAAAGUCAGUUUAUUUGAGUACACAAUCGGCAAACUGCAGCACCAACUGUGCACGACAGCCACCAAAAAAAAAAGGGUGUAUGUCACUUUAAAUUUUCGAUUCUUUGAUAGCUGUGGCCCUAAGUAACGAUUCUGUGUCCCUGAGUAACGAUUCUGUGUCCCUGAAUAACGAUUCUGUGGCCCUGAGUAACGAUUCUGUGGCCCUAAAGUCUCUGUGGCCCUAACUCUGUCCCUCAAUUACACAGAGGUCUGUCUCUCUUGAAUGAC